AUGUUAUCCCGUAUAUUUUACAAACCCAGUCUAGCUCCGACAGCACAAGUUGCGAAAAGGUAUUCAUCGAUAAUCUCAGUACACAGAGAAACCAAAGAAGACAAUACAUCACUACCAUUUGAGUUCAACUCCGAAAACAAGAAGAGAGCCGAGGAAAUCAUUGCAAAAUACCCACCGCAGUACAAGAAGGGCGCAUGUAUGCCAUUAUUGGACUUGGGCCAGCGUCAAUUGGGCUUCACUUCGAUCUCGGUCAUGAACUACGUUGCCAAAUUGUUGGAUAUGCCCCCAAUGAGAGUUUACGAAGUGGCUACUUUCUACACCAUGUACAACAGACACCCCAUGGGUAAAUACAAUGUUCAAGUAUGUACCACCACACCCUGUCAAUUGUGUGGCAGUGACGGAAUAAUGAAGGCAAUAAAGGAUCACUUGAAAAUCAAGCCUGGUCAAACCACGGCUGACAAGUUGUUUACUUUUCAAGAAGUUGAAUGUUUGGGUGCUUGUGUGAAUGCACCCAUGCUCGCCAUCAACGAUGACUAUUACGAAGACUUGACACCCGAGGCAACGGUUAAGCUUUUAGAAAACUUGCAGGCUGGCAAAGAAUUGGAAAAAGAUGGACCUGUGUUGAACAAGAGAACCUCGUGCGAGCCAUUUGGCGGACAGAAGGUUUUACUUGGUAAAGAACCCACCGAUUUGAGAAAAUUCACCAGGACCGAUCUUUAG